CGAAGCGUGUGCUCAAUCCAUGCAAAGUUAUUGAACAAAACUUGUGGGCGGUUUCGGUCACCCUUUUUGUUACAGAAGCAUUCGCAGCUUUAUUUUUGACAGUUCCUUGCAAAUAUGAUGGCAGUUCGUCUCACGCCUAAAUGAGAUGAUCACAUACAAAUCGCACCGGGGGAAUUUCGGAAAAAGUGUUAAAAUCGCAGUGAGAAUUUCAUCAGCGUUCGCGCCUUCUCGCUUCUGUGUUUAUCCAUGUAAUUUGUGACUGAAUUUUCGCACUCCGACUCUAACCCUAAUUUAAAGGGAUUGAAUUCUAACGCCUUCGCGCCUUUGAUUUUGGUGCGAUUUUUUUUCCAGUUUGAGGAGACAUGAUGGGAGAAGAAUUUCAACACACGACUGAUCAGGAUAUUGAACACGAUACUGCAACAAAUCCAACUAAGUUAAAAAAGACGGAACCAGAAGAAAGCGAUGAAGUUUAUGAAGAUGAGAAUCUUGAUAGAGAUGACGGGAGCAAUGGAUCUGAAGAUACCAACUGCGAAAAGUCAACAGUCGAACAAUUUCACACCAAUAAAUUAAUUUCAAACGCUGAUCAUAACGUCGGGGAUCCAAAUAACGACUACCCUUGCAACAAGUUUGAGUUAUGUGAGAUCAAGUCCAAUUUAGAGAAUUCUCAAACAGGGAGGCAGUCUGAUUUGUUUCAGAGGAAUGGACAUGCACAUGAAAAUGCAGAACAAUUUAGUUUACAUGAUUUUAACGCACAUCAUGACUCGGAUGGGAAUUCGCAGCGGUGUUAUCCGUUCCCGUCCCUGCAAAACCAACGACAGCAACAGUCGAAUUUACCGCAAUACCUGUUGAAUACUAAUUGCACUCUCUCCAACUUCACAAGCAUUCCAACCCCGCCGCCCGCCACUUCGCAUAGCCAACAGGUGCGUCUCGGGGCGGCUCCUUAUGCAGAUGGGUUCCAGCACCUGUCUCAAACAAAUCAAGCCCACCGGCAAAUAUCGGAGAUCGAGACCCCUUCAGUAAACGAUGCACUGAACCAUAAUCUCCAUGGUACUGGGUUUACACUUCACGGCAACUCGCAAACAACUUCGUCAGGUUGUAGCAACACGGAUGCCAAACUUUCUACCAGUGCAAACCACAAUCAAAUUCAGCAACAUCUGCAACAGCAGCAGCAACCGUUGCAGGAAUUUGACAUGAAGAAAGAACUCGAGCAUGGCGAUAUCCAUGCCCCGCCAUUCUUUGUUGAAAACACACCACCGCUGCACCAGACGACACAUACCUUGCCACAGCAGCUCAUUGGCGGCUCUUUGGGUCCGCCAUCGUCGCAUAGCUUCGUCCACCAUCACAACAGAGCCUCGCAUGGGCAGGAGGACGAGAACGCGAAAAGUCAUCUCUCAAGUCACAUCGUCAGCCAGCCGUACCCUCCGCCAGCAGGGCACCAGCAUGUAGAGGUCGCCAAUGGGCCGGGGAAGGCGUCGGUUUACCUCUGCAACCGAGACCUGUGGCGGAAGUUUCAUCAGCACAAGACAGAAAUGAUCAUCACUAAACAAGGAAGGCGAAUGUUUCCACAGCUCGUCUUCAAAUUGACCGGUCUCAAUCCAACCUCGCAAUACAAUGUCUUUGUUGACAUGGUGCUGUGUGACCCAAACCAGUGGAAGUUUCAAUGUGGUAAAUGGAUACCGUGCGGGCAGGCCGAGAACAUCCCAAAAGUAAGCAACAUCUAUCUUCAUCCUGAUUCGCCUAGCAAUGGACUGCAUUGGAUGCAUCAAGACAUCGUUUUCAGUAAGCUCAAACUGACCAAUCAUCGGGCAAAAGACAAUGGAUUUGUGAUCUUAAACUCGAUGCACCAGUAUCAGCCUCGAAUUCACGUCCUAGAGUUGAGUGAGAGCCGUUCUAUCCAAACCCAUAGCUUUCCCGAGACGCAAUUCUUCGGCGUGACGGCCUACCAAAAUACUGACGUAACACAACUGAAAAUCGACUACAAUCCGUUUGCAAAAGGCUUCAGAGAUAACUACGACAACUUGUCACCACGAGACAUUAGUAUUCUGUCGAAUGCUCCCCGAUCUAAGAACGUAACGGUCAGCAGGAAUUCCUGCCCUGCACCGGUAGUGAAUGCAGCUAACAUCGCCAUGGGUCAGUUUCCUGCCAUGAUCUCUCAUCAGUCCGGUCACUAUCAGCACCCAUACCAUCACCACGCCCACCAUGCCCACUAUCAUCCACCCCCGCACCACCAGCAUCAACAGCGCCCUCACCUACCUCUCCCAACAUUCCACCACCGCCCGCCGCAAUUGGCGCCAGCCGGCAGCAUAGGCCAAACUCCAGCAGGAUGUACAACAGGUCCGACGGGCGGAAAUUUCCGGCUUCCUAAUCCAGACGAGACCGCUUUCAAGUUAGUGGGGAAUGCCUCGCAUCUAAGUCGCCCCACCUUCGUGCCAAUCAGCCCACCGGACUCGUCCACGUCUUCUCCGAAGCCGUUCCCGAUUCCAGUGCCUACAUCGUUAGCCCCGAUCAUUGUGCAGAACUCGAUUUGUAGCACCCAGCAAGGACAGCAGAUGCUGCAACAGCAGCAGCAGCAUGAUGAAGGACAACUGCCUUCACCGUCCGAUUCCAUCACCGCUAACGCAGAUAGCAAAACCAUUCAUUACCGUUCCUCCGCUGGAGUGGUCGUUGAUCUUCCUACCCCUGGUGAGCCAUCGCCACAAUUAGACAUUCCCCACUUCCCCAGUAUGCACACGUCUACUGCUUGUCCAGAUACCCACAAGUUACUAGACAGACAGGACAUGACCUGGCUCAAUACACCACCUUCUUCAGACUGCUCCCCGGAUUCCAAGUCCAACUCGAGCGACAGUGGGGGUCAGGCUGCCAAACGCCAGAAGAUGUCCGAAGAGCAGCUAUCUGAAGGCACCUCUCCAAAGCUGUCGGAUCCUGGGGACCAAUCCAACGGCGCCACCAGUUAUGACUUUACAUCUACCAUAGAUCAUGGCUAUAUCAACCAAGAGGGCGCCAAACAUAACUACCCUCAGACCAACAUACAUGCACAGUCUAACGCACCGCAUCAAGUGUUUCAACCGUACGGUAACAUGUACUUCCCUCAGAGUUUCCCGUCGUUUACCUCGCAACCUUCCACCAUGAACGGGUACAACAUCCCUCAGCAGCCGUACAAUUCCAUCAACAAUAUGCUCUGUCAUGGGCAAUCAUAUCCUAAUGCAUGACUUUUAGUGGAAUCGAUUAUUUGAUUUCACGCUAAUACGUCAGUCACACCUCACAAGCGAUUCCAAACCGGCCGAUUGGUGGUCAUUCGUGGUAAUGUCAAGUUUUUGUUCGUUAUGUUGUCGGUGUGGCAUCGGUCUCGUCGGUGUGACUGAGGUAUCACAACAUGACCGACAUCGGACCAACAAUUAUAGACCAAACAUGGAACCGAAUGGCCGAAGAAUCAGUCGAUUUCGAGAGUCGGUUUGGUCGUGUCCCAUCAAUUUCCUACACUAUUAAACCGAAUUCUUAAUUUCAACAGUGGACCCAAAACUUUACCUACACUAUAUCAUUAUAGGGGCAUUACUUGAUAACUAACAUUGACUGUAAUGGUAUCAAAGUAGCAAGAAAUUGUAGAAUUAAAGUUCAGAUAUGUUAUGUAGCAAUACUUUGAAAAACAAUGGCACAAGUCAUUUAAAAAUGUCAAUUUCUCUUGCCCGUCAUGCUAGUUAUGAAUGCAUAAUUACUGGUUGAACUGACAUUAGGAUUGAAUUAAUACACAGAGGAAAAUCCAUCUUUAUUCUAUGUAGGUUAAUUGAUUGAUUGAUUGAUAAUGUAAUCUGUUAGUGAAAUUUGAGGGUUGCUGAUGUAAUUUUUAGUGUGGAUUUGUGAGUCGUGGAAACAAAAUAUUUCCAGUGAAUUGAAAUGCAAUGAAACUUCAACCACAAACAAUUGUUAUUCUCGGUAAGCCGAGUGAGGAGAUGAUUAUUCACGUCGUUUUGCGUGAGGAUAGAUUAUAAUAUUUACGCCGAUGCAUAGUAUCAAGUUUAGAUUUGUAAAAUUAAUUUGAUACAGUUUUAAGAUUUAGAUUUGUCCCUGUGUCUCGACAACCAUUAUGUUCCGCACCUCGCUGUUCCGUCAUAAAACCACAAUACAGCCUACAUGUGUAUGAAAAUAUCACAAUCGUUCAUGCAUAGGACGUUCUCCAUAGAUAAUGAAUAUGAAAAGUGUCUGGAAAAUGGGAUGUCAGAGAAUAGGAGUGAAGAAACCAUCAAAACAUAAGGGCAAAAGAAAUAUAGGAUUGUCGGAAAUACUGGUUUUGAACAUAGGGCAGUCAGAAUACAGGGGUGUCGUAACAAAGGGGUGUCGAAACAGAGGGUGACGAAAUAUAAUGUUGUCCCAACAUAGGGAUAUCAACGCAUAAGGGUGUCUAAACACAGGGGUGUCAGAAAAUACGAGUGUCGAAACAUAGGGGUGUCGAUAAAUAGGGAGGUCGUCUCAUAGAGGUGAUGAAAUAGAGAGGUGUCGAAACAGAGGGGUGUCGAAAAAUAAGGGGUGUCGAAACAUAGAGCUGAAGACGUAUUAAGGUGUCGAAACAGAAGGGUGACGAAACAAAGUAGUGUCGCAACAUAGGGUGUCGAAACAUGGGUAUCAAAACGAAGGAUAUCGAAGCAUAAAUGUUUUUCAUUAUUGGGGUGACAAAAGAUAGUGGUAUUGAAACAUAGUGUCGUCAAAAUCGGGGUAAUGAAACUAGAAUAUCGAAAACUGGUAAUGUCGAAACAUUGGGGUAAUGACAUGUACGGGUGUCAGAAUAUUAAAAUAUCUCUAUUGUGAUAUUUACCUGGCUUGUAGAGGUAAAUGAACCUAUGUCUUCUUAUUCUAUUUCUCAUAUUGCUUUCUUAAAAUUCAGACAGAUCUGUCUUUGUCUUUGCUAAUUAUUAUCUUAAUUCGCUUCGUGUUUCUGUACAGUUACAUUCCAACGAUGGUAUUGCUUUUAUUCCAAUGUAUGUUGUAUCAAAUGUGUUUUUAUUGCUCUCGACCUCAUCCAACAAAGUGAUGUUUUGAUUUCGAUUUUUUAAAGUUUAUUUUAGUGUAAAAUUUGCACAUUAUGUGAACUUGCCAUUCGAGUUAUAAGGAAAUGAAAUAUUAUAUAUCAUUAUGUUUUUGUGUUGGAUGUAAAUUAUUCAUUAAAAUGUUUCAUUGUUUUUAGAUAAAUACCAAGAGUUAAAAUAUA